GAUUAUUUUGACGAGAACGUGAUUCCACCACACUGCCUCACAUAUUGUGAAUGCAACUGCUAGUGUGAAAUUGUCGUUGAUGUUGAAAUGCAGUGACCUCGGUAGUGUAAACCAUUCUAAAUUGUGUACAUUCAAGCAAGGUCGUUUAAAAAAAAAACAAAAAACAAAAAGACGAAAUCAGUAACAGGUUCGACUUUCGAAGGGCGAAUAUUAUUCCUCAAGGCUAAAAGCAUUUCAAACCCAUGUGCAAAUUGUUAGUGUAUUUAGCCAAGAGAUAACUAGGAAAUGGAGCACAAACGUGGGCACUUGAAAGUAAACAGACAACGGUGAAUGUGCUGUAUUUUGUGAAGGGACUGACCCCAGCCUUUUGACAUUGAGGGCAUUCAUUAGAUUUUGGUAUGCACAUACCGGCUUGUUGUGGAACAUGUUCGUCUUGUAAUCUUCAGCAGUUUACACAUGUCAUGUCUGUAGAUCAAAACGUGUUACACUUUCAAACUUUCGGCUCUUUCUCUUGCACCACGCCCUAUGUGAGUGCAUUUGUUCCCUUUUUUUCUCUAUGUAGAAAUCUCAAAGGUCCUUUUUUGUUGCUGCUAUCAGAUAAAUAUAAGAAAAGGCACAUGCAAUGAACUUCACAGACCAAACACAUUCGUCUUUUCGGCACCAAGGCAGCACAACGUGCAUUGGUUAAUUUGGGUAGUCUUUUCUACGUAGUUAAAUCCCACAAAAUGGGAAAAAUGGAAGAGGGACUUACUUUCAGGAAAAUCAGAACCUUUAGCUUACCAGUCUUCACCGCCAUUUUUGUUUUGGUUCUUUCUAAUGGUGUAGUAACAAGAGCGGCUGUGGAACUGCUAAAGAACCCCGGGUUCGAGAAUGGAGUUACGUCCUGGGCCCAUGACGGGUUUAGCAUGGUCACCACAACGGAGCAGGUUCAUCAAGGGCGUGUCGCCGUCAAGUGUACCGGCAGAACUCAAUCUUGGAUGGGUCCUAAACAGAGCAUUCAGAUUUCCCGAGGCAAACAUUACGUGUUCACGUCUUACAUAAGGCUCACCAAUGACCUUCCAGGGAAAAUGUUCCAGAAAGCCGUAGUGAAAAUCAGCUUUACGUUAAAAGACGGUUCCAAGUAUUAUUUCCCUGUUUGCUCCCGACCUUACCUGACCAAGGCUGACGGGUGGACCAUGCUGGGUGGUGACUUCAUACCUCCAAACCUUGAAUGGACUCAAGCAUCCUUGUACUUGGAUACUCUUCUACCGGGAAUUGACUUCUUCUUCGACGACACCUCUCUCACUGAACUGCCCUCUAACCCGAACUGGGAGCGGGAAGCAAAUCAAAGAAUAGAGAAUCUGAGGAAAAGCAAAUUGCACGUGAAUGUGAAUCUCUCCCCUGGUUUUCGUCCCGAGGACGUGACAGUGGAGAUCAACCAUCUGAAGCACUUGUUUGCCUGGGGCUCCGUGGUCCAACCAGAUUUGUUCUUGGAGUCGGACUAUGCUCAAUAUCAGCAAGUUUACUACCACAUGUUCAACUGGGCCACGGUACAGGACUACAAGUGGCGAUAUAACAGGGGCAACAGGACUAACCCAGACUACAGGGUAGCUGUAGCAGCCACCGAUGUCCUCAAUCAUCAUGGGAUCAAAGUGCGAGGUCACAGCAUGUUCUGGGCUGUCCCAUUUAACAAUCCUGAGUGGGUCAAGGGAUUGUCCGCUCCGGCAUUGAAGACAACCGUGGAUGAUCGCAUUGCUUACAUGACGGCACAAACAAAGAACAAAUUGGCUCACUGGGACGUGAACAAUGAGCUACUUCAUGGCUAUUUUUACGAGGAGAAAUCGGGAAACCCUCGCUACACAGAGCACAUGUUCCGGGAGAUUCACAGAGCUGAUCCAAAACCCACACUCUUCCUCAAUGAGUACAAUGUGGUGAAGAGCGGUGAAAUGACACAGAGCUAUUUGACCCAGAUCCAGAAAUUCAAGGCGGCCAAUGUCGGCCUUGGCGGGGUCGGAGUACAAAGUCAUCUCAAUGAUUACGAGGAGCCCAGCCCCGAUAGCAUCAACUACCGUCUUAAUGUUGUAGCGAAAGGAGGUCUGCCUAUUUUUGUAACCGAAUUGAGUCUUGGUGUUCGCGAUCCGCACACCAAAGCUGACUGGCUAGAGCGAGUGCUCCGCUUGUACUUCUCCCACCCUGACGUGCACGGUGUCAUCUUCUGGGGCUUCUGGAACACUGAGAAUUUUAGGUCUCUUGUGCAGGGGUCCCAUUUUACGCUCAACGAGUCCGGCAAACGGUUCCUGAAGCUGACCAAGGAGACAUGGAGCACCCACGUGAACCGGUCCCUGGCCUCUGGAACUUCCUUUAACCUGCGCGCUUUCCAAGGAGACUACGAGGCUGUGGUCUGGUACAAGGGCAAGCCGAUAAAGAGGACCACCUUCAGUCUGGGCAAAGCGGACAAAACAGUUUCUAUUUCUGUUACUGGCAACGGCCAUGCGAUUCAUUUACCCAAGAAGAUAGACCCGUUCACCAUGAAAGUCCAGAUCAACCCACAGACCACACGGGCUAACCUGCGUACUCUGGGUCAGGCCAGCUCCACGUCACAGAACUCACACCUCACGUGCACCACGCGCAGGUCACCGACCUCUGCUGUCGGCGUCAGUAAAACUACUCAAGUCACGUGUCAGGGAGAUGAGGUCCUCACCGGCUGUUCUAGUUGGCUCAAGAACAACGAAUUUUACCGUGAUGGGGAAGAAAUCCUAAUGUCCGGUGGAAAGCAGGCGUGUCGAGCAAUGAACGGAUACGGAUCGUCUGCAGGGGUUGAGGCCGUGGCUCGGUGCUGCAGUGUGCGGGGUCUGAGAUGUGAGUACCGCACGGCAGGACCCUCUGGUACUGGGAUGGACGACAAGGUGGAAGUGCCUUGUCAGGGGCAGGCAUAUGCUUUAGGCUGCUCCACACUCGCCUACUCCCACAACUCUGAUGGCUCUAUAUUCACCAACACCUCAUGUAAGGGACAGAACGACUACCCAAGGAACGGUGUUUAUUCCUACGCGGCGUGCUGCCAGAGUCCCAACCUCCAAUGUCGCACAGUGACUUCCGGGACGAGUGGCAAGAAACAGUCGGAUCAGGUUGGGGUCACGUGUCCUAAGGGUUACGUCAUGACGGGAUGUAACGUCUUUUCGCAGUAUGCAAAAGCUGCAGGCGCCUUUAUCAACACCAACGCUGCGGGCACAGAUACAUGUGUUGCUGUGAAUGGAGCCGAGAAGUUUGGACCCGAGACGGGGGUCCAGGCGCAGGCCACCUGCUGUCGGACCUAGACUGAGAAGUACCGCUCUGGGCUGUUACUGAGGACUGCUGGAAACGCUAAUGCUAGGAAUCCUAUUUUCAUGUCUUACUGUUACUGUUUACAGAUACCUCUGUUUGCUCGUUUCUAGGCCUGUAGAUAAUGCAUUCGAUUUAGAUUAUAAAAUAUUCAUGCAGAGUAAUUGUCUUAAAGUUGAAAUGAUUGAAUUUUGUACCCAGAGGCACUAUUUUCGACUAGUUGCAAUGUCUGUUACACUGUAUAUUUUGUAUUUGCAAUACAGAGUUAAUCUAUUUUUUAUUUCAAAGCAAAA